AUGAGGAUAGUGUAUGACUGCUCAGAAAAAGCCAACACAAAAAGCCCCUCACUCAAUGACUGCUUAGAGACAGGCCCCUCACUACAGCCACUACUGUUUGACAUUAUGAUAAGGAACCGCAUGCGAAAAUAUUGCAUCACAGGAGACAUCCAGAAGGAUUUUCUUCAAAUUCGAGUACACGAACAAGACAGAGAUGCAAUGAGAAUUUUGUGGGAGAACUAUCCAAUAACAGUCCUAUUGGAUGAUACAUAUGUUGACGAUAUUCAAGGAGGAGGAGAGACAGAACGUGAUGUUGCAGUAUUCAAAGAAGAAUCUACCAAAAUACUAUCAGAAGGUGGGUUUUCACUUCACAAAUGGCACAGCAACAUCACCCAUCUUAGCUCCAAAAACAACACAAAACAUGAAGGGACUGAUAACACAUCAACCAGUGACACAAAGAUUCUCGGUAUCCCAUGGAACAAGAUGGAAGACACACUGAUUCUUGACUUUGAGCCAGGCUUAAAAGGCAGUGAACCAACUACUAAACGGAAAAUGAUAUCUGAUAUUAACAGCAUUUAUGACAUACUUGGGUGGAGUUCGCCAGUAACUAUCACUGCAAAAUUGAUCUUCAGUGAAGUUUGUCUUCUUCAGUUACAUUGGGAUGAAAGGGUGCCAGAGGGAAUUCACAAAAAAUGGUGGAUGUGGAUAAAAAGCUUGCAACUAGCACCAACCAUAACCAUACCACGCUGUGUCUUUACCGACACACCCACAAGUUUUGAGAUUCAUGGAUUUGCAGAUGCCAGCAAAGUAGCUCUCUGUGCUGCAGUCUAUGUUGUGGCAUGUCAGGACUCAAAACCAGUCAGUCAGCAGUUGCUAGUUGCUAAGUCCAGAAUCGAACCAAAAGACAGAAGCAUCCCAAGAUUGGAAUUGGCAACUGCUCAUACUUUAGCUAUAUUGCAGAAUAAUGUUUCAAAGGCAUUAGCUGCAUUUCCCAUCACAGCCUGGAAUAGUUGGGUAGACAGCACAACAGUUUUGUAUUGGCUUCAAAACCACGGUGAAUGGUCAACAUUCGUUCGCAAUCGAGUAAGAAAGAUCAGAGAGCUUACAGAUGCUCAGUGGAGAUAUGUACCGACAACAGAAAACCCAAGUGACUUGGGGACCAGAGGCACAACGCCAGACCGUCUAGGUACACUUUGGUUCAAUGGGCCAAAGUGGCUUUCAAGUGAGAUAGACAGACCAGUUCAACCAGAGAUUUCGGAAUCAGCAGGCACGAAAACAGAAAAGAGGUCAACGAAGUACAAUAAAGCUAUGCUCCUGACAGAAGAUGAGAACGACUUGAAUAAAUGGGUACAAGACCUCCUGAGCCGAUUUCCCUUCUGGAAGCUUUUGCGCAUAACGGCACACAUAAAGCGUUUUGCAGACAGCUGUAGAGGGAUGAGACGGAUUCGGCCUCUCACUAAAUCUGAGAUGUCAGCAGCGGAGACAGUAUGGAUUAAAAUGACACAACAAACAAACAGAAUGACAGUCGACAUUGCAAUAUCAGUAGGUCAUGACGGGAUACAGAGAUGCAGCAGUAGAAUCCAAGGUUACAAUCCAAUCUACAUUCCACGAAAGUCAGCCUUAGCGAGACGGAUAAUUGAGCAUUGCCAUAUUCUAACAUUACACGGGGGAGUAGCCACAACAAUGAGUAAGGUGAGAGAGAAAUACUGGAUUCUAAAACUGAGAUCGCUAGUCAAAUCAAUACUACACAAUUUUAACCAUUGCAAAAAGUACCGUGCCUUCCGAACUGAAUUUACUGAGCCCUUUGAUGUGACAGGUGUGGACUUUGCAGGACCACUUCACUACAAAUUAGGCAAGAGUGAAAUGAAUAAGUCUUACAUCGCUCUCAACUACCAGAGCUGUACACUUAAAGCUGUGCAGAGAUAUGUCAAUGAUAGAAUUCAAACGUGGACUGAAGGAGUUUGUUGCAUGGAGAGGAUCACCAAGUUGUAUGGUGAGUGA